CUCGGCUGCCCCGCCCCUCCCCCGAGGGCUCGCUGGGACCCCCCCUACCCCUCUUGGUGGCCGGGGGAGGGGCGAGCGCGGACACAGUCCACUCCAACGCCCCUGGUCAUCCGCUGACCCCACCCAUCCUAUUGGCUCCGGCCAACUUCGGCCGACCUUUGACCCGGGCCAACCCCCCGCCGUCUCCUAGCGACCGAUGCCAACGGUUGACCCACCUCAACCGGGGAAACCCAUUGGCUCCUGGCGAUGAUUGCCAACCCUUGACCCACCAGCACCAAGACCACCCAUUGGCUCCUGGUCACCACUGCCGUCCUUUGACCCACCUCGACCAAGGCAACCGAUUGGCUCACGCCACCCUCAGCCAACCUUUGACCCGCCCCGACCGAGACCACCCAUUGGGCCUUGCCGACCACUGCCGCCUGUUGACGCAGCACGACCGAGGCCAGCGAUUGGCUCCCGUUGCCGGUAGCGACCAGUCCCGGCCAGUCGGAAGGUGGGGCGAGCAGCGGCCGCUGGGCCGAAUGGCCUUCUACCCAGAGGCCCCAGGACGGGGCGGGCCCCUCCCCUCGCCUGGGGGUCUGCGGACCGGGAUCGGGACGGAGCACGGAGACAAUGAGGAGGAGGUGGAGGGGGGAGAGAUUCCCUUCAACAUCAUCCCAAUCCAUGGCAUCACCUUGGACGAUGUGAACGAGAUUAUCCGAUGGGAUCUUUCAGAAGUCCACGAAUGUCUGCGGAUGGAACAUCCGUGAUUCUAGGAACGUCGGGGCCCAUCGGAUCUCCUCUUCCUUUCGUCGCUGGCCCCU